CAAGUACUUAGUAUUUUUGGAGGUAAUGGGUCUGGAAAAUCGGUCCUGCUUAAGUCAAUUUUAGGAAUUUUACGUCCUAGCUCAGGUCACGUAAGCUCCUCAAAUAAGGGACAAACUCCGUAUAAUAAUCCUAAAGCUCACAUCUUCAUUGGCUAUUGCUCACAAGAGGCAGACAUUAUCGAAUCAUUAACCAUUCUUGAAACUAUUUAUAUAUUGCUCAGAAUUCGCCGCUUCUACGGAAUGAGCUUAAAAAGUGAAGCAUUGGAAUUAUGUAAAGCUUUCAAUUUAUUUAGUCACCGAUUUAGUUUAGCUGUUACCUGUAGUCGUGGAAUAAAAAAACUUUUAAGUAUUGCAAUAGCCUUAAUGAGCAAUUCUAAUCUUAUUUUAGUAGAUGACCCUUUUUCGUACCUUGAUGUGAUUAAUCAAAAUACUAUUCAUUAUUUAAUUCAAGAAUUGUGUAGUCGCGGUCAUUCUGUUAUUUAUACAUGCUCGGAUACUGAAUCGUCUUCCUUGUCUCUGCAAAUAGCUGCUAUUAGUCGACUUGGCUUGGCUGCUUUUGGUGAACGUCAGCAUUUACAACCGAAUUUUUAUUCUUCUUAUUACGUCAUUGAAACCAGAAUAUAUAUUAAGGAGCCUGAAAAUUUUAGUUAUUUUCAUUUGGAAAAUGUUCCGAAACCUAUGAAACAAGAAGAACUUGAUCCACUUUUAUUGUUGGAUUCGACAAAUAGUGGAAGUAAUAUUUCAUCUGGUAUAGGCAAAGAUACUUCAGACAAAUUAAAAUACUUGAAAGUUUGCGAUCUUAUAGACACCAUUUUUCCACAUGCCAUUAUAAAGUAUAUAAGCCUUCCGAAUGUAUGCUUUUGGUUGUCCAGUCAUAUAUAUUCCAUGUCGCAAGUUCUAAAAAUACUUCACGAGUAUAGGCACAACUUUUAUUCCUAUUCAAUAUCUCAGCCAUCAGUAAGCACUGCCUAUCUUCAAAUUUCUUCUCAUUCAGUACAUAAAAAAUCUUAUUCAUAUCCUUAAACUAAAUUAUUGAUAUAAAUUUCAUUUAAAAAAGAGUCCUUGUUACUAAACAAUUUUUUCACAAGAAUAUAAAUCAAUUUAAUAAAAAACGCUGCCAUUAAAGUGACAAUCAAAAAAAUUCAAAGUUUAAUAAAUAACAGGAUUAUAUUUUACAAAAAUGGAUGCUGAAAUCCGUGGAUGCUGAAAUCCUGCUGAAAAUGAAACUGAAAUAGUAAUAAUCCUGCUAUACUAAGCACACACUGCUACAUUUUAGGUGCACUUAAAUAUAAUGAUAUUAUAAAGACAAGCUUUAAUCAUAUACUCAGAUAUUUUAUGCAAACGAAAAUUGUGACUUCUGGAAACUGAAAUUAUUUUUAACAAGAUAUAUUGCUAGUAUUGAAAUUGAAUCUAAAUUCGGAGAUUCUGCCAUUUUUCUUAUUCAAUAUAAAAACCUUUAUGAACUCAUUAGCUUAAUCGAAGACUUGCCUAACCACAAAGGAAUCCUUAAUAUAUACAGCAUUCACCUUUUGGAAUGUAGCCUUGGCAUAUUACUAAUAAACUUGCUCUCUUUGGAUCAUCCAAAUAUGCAAAGACUAGGACCAAAGCUUAGUUUUCUCAUCACCGAAACGAAGUCGAUCGAAAAUCAUAGCGCAAGAUUUUUGUACUUAGUUUAUGUGUUCCGCCAGAGAUUCAUCAUAGAUUUAAGAAAUUAUUUUUUAUUUAUCUUCAAAAGCUUUGUAUCCACAUUGGUAUUUAUUUGGAUUCUAUAUAUUCUGUGUCAAUAUGACUAUAAACGGUUUGAACAAAAUGCAGCUUUUCCUAUUCCUCAUCCCAGCAAUGGAAUAAUGUUUUUUCAACAAAAUGCUUUAAGUCGUCAACUACUUGCAGCUGGUCGACAAUAUAUUAUGCAAGGAGCUAAGGAGGUUGGAGCAGAUUUGGAUAUUUAUGAAUAUAUUCGCCAUUAUAUGGUUGAUCACAGAAUGCUUUCAGAUAUAAAUAUUUUAACAGGUGUCAUAUUUACAGAAAAGAAAGUUGCAAUUUUAUUCAAUGACAAACGAAAAUAUAUUGUACCAAAUGGUCUUGCCCAUUUAAUGAAUUCUCUUGCUUUUGGAUUUGUGGGUCCUGAUACAAAAAUUAUUGUUAAAAUGGAGCUGUUGCAGUUUUCUACUGUUCAAGGUCCAAUUGCUCAAAACAAUGUCAAUAGUAUUAAUUUGGUUUUAGCUACUUCAAUAAACUUCUGUUUUUGCUUUAUCUGGACAUUUCCCCUUCUGUUUAUCAACUUAAAUAAGAGUAGUCGUCCUUACAAUACAGAAUUAUGUGCAGGGAUGCGAAUAAGCGUUCUUAUAUUGGCCUUUUUCAUAUAUGAUUCACUUUCUUCUAUGCUUGGUCUAAUCCCAUUGAAUAUUUCCAUUCUUUUUUUUCAAUGGGAUGCACUAAUGGAUAGUGAAAUAUUUUUGCUAUGUCAUUUCUGGGAUUGGUAUAUGUGUCCUUAGUAUAAAUAUAUUAAUAUCGCUUCGUUUUACGGAUCUACAAAACUGCUAUAUGAAAACUGUCACAUUUUAUUCAUUCGGAAUAAUAAUUUACCUUGUGAACGAAUGGCAGCAGGUUAUCAGUCUCAACAAGUAUAACCGAACUGAAGAAGUUAUGCAGUGAUGAACAAAUUUUUCAAACUAGUACAUAUUCAGAAGAGUGCCAAAAAUUUCCAAACUGUUGCGGUAUGAUACUAAUAUACUAUAUAUGUUUUUAUUUUUAUACCAAUGUAGAAUUUAAUUUAAUUUGUGUUAAAAAUGCGAAAAGCAGUGAAGGAGGUGAAUGAGUUAUGUAUAUACCCUACAAAGUUUCUUAAUUCCCGAUUUA